AUGAAGUUGCUCGUCCUUUCCGCCGUACUAUCAGCACUCCAGGCUGUUGAAGCUCGGGAUCCGGCUUGUCACCCUGCUGCGCCGUCAUGUCAAUUCGUUUCCCCCUGGACUGCCCGCGAGUGCUCAAACAUCAUUCACUCUCACCAUAUCCGACUCUCGACGUGCGAGGCUCCUGAGAAAACCAUCACCAAGACCGUCGUCGCCACUCAUCAUCCAACUUUUACACACACCAAGACCGUGAAGCCUGCGCCGAGCACGAAGACUUCGACCAAAGUCAUCACCGCUACUGACCCUGUCACCCAACAAGACACAACGACAGCCUGGGCCACCGCAACAGCAGUGUCAACCACGACAGCAGUGACGAGCGACUUCACAACUGCUACCACAACUACGACUUCUGUCGAGACCGAAACUGAUUCCACCACAAUCACAACCACCCAAGAGGUCACCAGGACCGUCAGCUGGGCGCCUGAAGUCUGCACUCCGACGCUCACUCUGCCAACAACUCAGGCACCAACUCUAGCGCCCACUCUGGCGCCUAUCAAGCGCUCAGACAACCACAACGACUACAAGAUUCCUCGCGAUUGUUCAUGCUUCCUGACCUCCACCAAGAGCUGUGGUCCCCGCGCCACAAAGGUCGUCACUAGAGUGGAGGACCGUCCUACAUAUAUCACCAAGACCGUCACCGAUCGAAGGAACUGCGAGACUGUUACGGUCACCAAGACAUCCAUAACCCACAUCAACGGAGCACCGCCGCCCAAGCAGACGGUGACUUCUACGACGACCUCUACCGUUGUCACAACAGCUACGUCAACCAGCACGGUUGAGCAAAUCACCACUGCCACGGAGGCCACCACGACAACAGUCGUCGAAGCCAGCACCGUCACCACGUCACACUCGGUCACUGCCACCGAGGACCCCUGCAGCCCGACCAACAUCAACAAGUAUCUCCUCCCAGGCCCUCCCUCCAGCCCCAACGUCGUCCUGGGCUUCCGCGGGGAUGGUGGUAACGACGCCAGCAAUUGUUGUCAGGAUUGCCAUAUGAACUCGGACUGCGCUUGGUGGAGGCUCUCUGCCGACGGCUCCCUCUGCGAGGGAUACUUUACGAGCCUCAGUGCUGUGGUUGAGGGAUGCACUACUACUACGUGCCGUAGGGGACAUCCGCUUGUGAUCGUCGACCCAGAGUCGGAUGGAAGCACGUACGGUAUGGGAGUAUGUGGUACAUUCAGCGUGGUAUCUUGA